CUCAUUAAGAGGGACGUUUGGUUCCUCUGACGUGUGUAUCAGUCCUCUGACGGCACCGGCCCCCUUUUAAGCCUCAGUAAGUCACCCGGUAGACCACCACCGUUUCAUUUAACUGCUCCUCGCGGUGCAAAGUGGGACGAAGCUCUUAAUAAACUACCCGACUGUUCUGCUCACAGUUUUCUGCCUCAGGUGCCCCAGCACAUGACUCUAGAAACACUUGAGCAGGUCUCCAUGCCCUCCCGUUCCUAGCGGAAGACCGGUGCGACAAUGACCAUCCAUGUAGAGGGGCUUGUGGCUAUCGCGGUCUUCUAUCUACUGAUCUUGUUCGUGGGCAUCUGGGCGGCAUGGAAGAACAAACACUCCGGGGAGGCAGAGGGCACCGACCGCAGCGAAACCAUCAUGGUCGGAGGGAGAGACAUUGGAUUAUUUGUCGGUGGAUUUACCAUGACGGCGACCUGGGUUGGAGGGGGAUACAUCAAUGGCACAGCUGAGUAUGUGUAUCUACCAGAUUAUGGCUUGGCAUGGGCACAAGCUCCCUUUGGAUAUGCCCUCAGUCUUGUUGUGGGUGGUCUUUUUUUCGCUAAGCCCAUGCGCUCACGGGGUUACGUCACCAUGUUGGACCCGUUCCAGCAGAUGUAUGGGAAACGUAUGGGUGGCCUCCUCUUCAUACCUGCACUCAUGGGGGAGAUCUUCUGGUCCGCUGCCAUCUUAUCCGCCCUUGGUGCUACUCUGAGUGUCAUCGUGGACAUCAACAUUAAGAUGUCAGUAGUUAUCUCAGCACUCAUUGCAAUCUUUUACACCCUGGUUGGAGGACUUUACUCUGUGGCCUACACUGACGUCGUGCAGCUCUUCUGUAUCUUUCUUGGCCUGUGGAUCAGUGUCCCCUUUGCUUUGACUAACCCUGCGGUGUCAGACAUUACCGUUACUGCAGUGAAGCAGGUGUACCAGUCGCCCUGGAGAGGAAGCAUCCACAAGAGCGACACCUGGGUCUGGAUUGACAACUUCUGCCUCCUGAUGCUUGGAGGAAUACCCUGGCAGGUGUAUUUCCAGAGAGUCCUGUCUUCCUCCUCGGCUACCUACGCCCAGGUCCUCUCCUUCCUGGCUGCUUUCGGGUGCCUCGUCAUGGCUGUGCCCUCCGUUCUCAUUGGGGCCAUCGGGGCCUCCACAGACUGGAACCAGACAAGUUAUGGUGCCAUUCCUCCUAAAGAGAAGGAUCAAGCAGACAUGAUUCUACCCAUCGUGCUCCAACACCUCUGCCCGCCAUUUGUCUCUUUUUUCGGCCUGGGUGCAGUGUCUGCGGCUGUCAUGUCAUCUGCCGACUCUUCCAUCCUUUCAGCAAGCUCCAUGUUUGCGAGGAACAUCUACCAGCUCGCCUUUAGACAGUCGGCGUCUGACCGUGAGAUCGUGUGGGUGAUGCGGAUCACUAUCUUUGUAUUCGGCGGCCUUGCCACAUUUAUGGCGCUGGUAACCGGGACGGUUUACGGCCUCUGGUACCUGAGCUCAGACCUGGUUUACGUCAUCAUCUUCCCCCAGCUGCUCAGUGUGCUCUUUGUCAAAGGCACCAACACGUACGGCUCGGUGGCUGCCUACCUGUUCGGCAUGCUGCUGCGUAUAGGUGGAGGUGAACCCUACCUGCAGCUGCCUCCUUUCAUUUAUUACCCUGGCUGGACCACUGAGCAGCGGAUACACCACAUGACUGGAGAAAUGGAGGAAGUCGUCAUUCAGAAGUUCCCCUUCAAGACCGUCUCUAUGCUCGCCUCCUUUCUGGGUAACGUUGCUUUCUCCUACCUGGCAAAGUACCUGUUUGAGAGCGGCAAGAUUUCACACAAAUACGACUUUCUCGACGCAGUGGUGUCCAAGCACAGUGGAGAGAUUAUGGAUAAGACGACGCUUGUAACUCGUGGCAACAACAUCGGGCUGUCAGAAAUGACGCCCGUCAAACCGCGGCUGAGUGUGACCUUGGCGGCCGCCUUCACACGCCGUGACACACUGCCGACAGAAACGGUGGAGGAGGAGGAGGAGUCCAGCCCUGACUUCUCCCACCAUGAUGAAGAUGUGAUAAAAGCAUUUUAAAAAAGGCUGAACACGUGACUGAACUGCCAGAGAACUGGUUACUCUGUCAGAAACGCCAAAAAGAAGAAGAUACAACUAAGAGACAAGAAGCAAACAUCCUCUCUUGGGACUACAAAGUACCACAUCCAGUGUUUGGUGAUUGGAUAACAGCCACAUGUAAGGAUAUAUAGUGUAGCAGCUUGCUGAUUGUCCGGACAUGAAGUUGUCUUUCUGUGAAGUACAUCAAAACACACACACACACACACUCAUAUAGUACUUAUAGAUAGUUGGGUGUACUGUAUAUUCAUCCUCUUUUGAACUGGUUUGGAGAUAUACUUUAAGAAAACUGUGUUUAGCUCUUAAUUUGAUUCAUUUUCAUUUCUAUCACUAAUGAAAAAGCAGGUCGUUACCAAACUGCAGAUGAGUGGAGAUAAGAUAUGCUGCAUACAGUGGUGAAAUAUUCCAUCAGAAGUCAGAAGUAUGACAAGGAAUGAAACAAAUGACAGGUACUUUAUAAGAAGUGACUGACAGCACAACCGUGGUAUGGAAGGAGGGUGUUUACCAAUGUAUGUACCAAUUAGAUAAAAGCAAUAACGUGAUACACACACUGUACAGAAAAUAUUAUAAUAAUCAGACUGCGAGAGAGUGGAAGUAAACAUGAAAUAAUUUUAUAGCUUUAAUAUGUUAUAUCAAGCCAGUAACUUUAUGUUAUGUUUAACCAAAUUCACAUUUGUUGCACUGAAAUGAUUGGGUUUUAAUUUCUAAAUCAAUCAACAAAUUAAAUAGACUGUAAUGUCAUGAAGUGAAACACAUAUUAACCGACACCCAAAACUAAUUUAGUUUAAUACAGUUUUUACAGGUAAUCGUGUCUCUCGUGUAUAUUAUAUUACUGAUAAACACAUUGACUGUGAAUCAAGAAAGAAACAAUCCAUGUAUCAUGCUGAGUAGAAAAUAUACAAGCAGUAGUGAUGGUAGUUGAUUUGAAGCAUUAGCUAAUAUUCUCUUUAAUGUCAGUUUUAAUCAUGAGAAUCAGUGUAAAUUAGUGUUUAAAAUUAACUUGUAUUUUAACUGCCUUAAUGAAGAAGACAUACUUUUAAUUUCCACAGUUCUGACUGGACUCUGGUUAGACUGCAGUGAACAAAGACUUGAAUAUGAAUGUAACCUCUACAAAAAAUCUUAUUAUAUCAAGUAGUGUACUUCUCCUGUUGUUUGUGUACGUUUUUGUUUGUGAUUUAGUAGUAACUGUUGCAGAACAACAUGGCGGCAGGUUCUGAUUUACAAAUCUGUUCUUUAUUUGUUGUUAACAGCAGUGUACAGAUUAUUUUAUCUGUGAUGUGUAUGUUUGUAUAAAUAUGGAGAAAAAAGCUAUAUAGAUAAAUAAUGCUGGUUAAAAUCUAUUCAUAUUAGAUGGAAAAGAUACUGUCUAAAUGUUUAUUUAUUUUUGAUGUCAAAAAAGAUGAAACAAUAAAAAAGAACAAAUUAUUUCAGGAAAAUAUAUAAAUUCUACUUUUGUAAGAAGAUAAAAUUGGUAUUCCACUUUUUUUUGUUCGCUGACUGUUGUUAAAAUCUACUUUGAGAAUAUUGCUUUUACUUAAUUUACUUUCCUAAUUUUCAAAAUUGCCACUAAAUUAGAUUUUAGUAUGCGUCAUGUUUUUUUUUUUGUCUUUUUGUUAUUGAUCAUGAUGCUGAAACAUGAACAUAAACAGGGACGAGGUUCUGUUGUGUGGGUUUUAUAGCACUGGCAUGUGAUUUCUUCAAAACAAAGCUAAGUUGACUUGGGUCUCCUUGUCAUGUUGCAUGGGCUCAACCAAAAAGGGAUUCUUCACUGUCGGAUUGUUGUAUGUUUAUAACUUUAGAGGCCUGAAGAAGUAAAAUUAACUAGUGAUUUUCAACAAGAAAGAGCAAAGAAACUAUUUUGUGUUGCAGAAAUAUGGUUUUUUUCUCUCUAUUUAAUCAUUUUGUGACCCCUCAAAUUUAUCUUAUGAGCCCUUUGGAGGAUUUCUGUUUUCUGAGAAUAUUAGAGCUCAUUUGAAUGAU